AAUGAGAAAAGAAAAAGUCAACAAACAUCCGUUUAAAUUGUCGAAAUUCUGUCUCAAUUUUUCCAUAAAUCGUGGAAUUUGGAGUGCUACCGACGAAUAAUUUGUUUCGAGCUGAAGUGUUUUAGUUCUGGUGUUAUUUCUCCGAAUCGCUCUGCACCCGUUCAGCUCUGAAUGAUUGGAAUCGUCGUUUCCUCAUGUUAUCAACGACGUGAUAAUGGAAUGAAAUCUUGACGUGUUUCCAUCAUUAGUCAUAGUCAUGAGUUCCUUCUACUCAUUAUCCUUAAUUAGAUGAUCCCAGAAUGCCACAUCCCUCUCCUGUGAUGGCUGCAGCUGGUAGUUCUGGUAAUCUAAUGGUUAAACCGGCUCGUGGCUGGUUACAUCCUGAUACUCUCGUCUCCAAAAAAGGAGUGACAUAUGCUGUGAGGUAUAUUGGCUGUCUAGAAGUUUUCACAUCAAUGAAAAGUCUUGAUUUUGACACAAGGUUCCAAGUUGCCAAAGAAUGCAUUAACCGAGUUUGUGAAGCUGCUGGUCUCAAAACAGUGGACAAGAAGAGGAAGGUUGACAAGAAGGUUCAACGUGCUAUCGGCGAAACCCCGAUAAUGGAACACGCUGGUGCCAAUGUCAAGCUCUCAAUUUCAGCAACAUGUCUGUCACUGAAAACCCUAGAAUUUGGCCAGUUGGUGGCCACUCAUGAUAUGCCCAGGAUUUCAUUUGCUUCAGGAGGAGAUUCGGAUACAUUAGAUUUUGUAGCCUAUAUAGCGAAAGAUCUGCAAGAUUGGCGAGCGUGCUACGUUUUAGAAUGUGGCGGAGGACUCGCUCAAGAUGUGAUCACGACAAUCGGACAAGCGUUCGAACUACGCUUCAAGCAGUUUCUGACAAAACCUAAAUCUUCACCCCUUCCCCCUGAUGAUCGAGAAUAUUACAACGAUUUACCCGGGAAAGUGCCGCCAGAUGUUGGACCUCCUCCGGUACCUCCCUUACCCAAUGUCAACACAACUGUCGCUCCCAGAGAACGUUUACCAUCAACUAAUUUAAUCGAUCUGAAUUGUGAGGUAGCGCCCCCUCCUCCAAUCCCUCGAGCUCAUGAUUACGUCAACGAUAUCAUGGUUGGAUCAGACCCAUCUCAACCAAGAGAUGUAUUUGAUAUGCAACCAUUUGUGAGCACAGAAGUAGUAAACACAAAUACACGUCUUCAAGAUGAAUCCUGGUUCCAUGGAAACAUCAGCAGGCAACAAGCAGAAAAGCUUUUACAGCAGGAUGGAGAUUUUCUUGUUCGAGAAUCUCAAGGCUCCGAUGGUCAGUACGUUUUAACAGGCUUACAGGGUGGAGUCAAGAAGCAUUUAUUACUGAUUGAUCCUGAAGGAGUGGUGCGAACGAAAGACAAAAUGUUCGAAAGUGUGAGCCAUCUAAUAAAUUAUCACUGUCAAAACAAACUUCCAAUUAUAUCUGCGGAAAGCGCUUUGGUAUUAAGGAAUCCAGUUUUACGGAAGAAUAUUCACUGACACUGUCGUUACCUUUUACAAUAUGAUGCGUAGAAUUAGAAGACUGUAAAACUUUGUGAUAUGUAUUUUCAAUUUUUAGAUUGCGAGCGAUUGGAAAGGUUUUAUCGAGUCAUUGAUCGAUAUAGAGUUGACAACUAAUUUCAAUAGAGGUUUAUUUUUCCAAGUGAAAUCUUUUAAAACCGUAUGUAUAAAAUAAAUUCUCUUUGAAGGUUUUUAUGGUUAGCAGAGACUCGAUUUGGUUCACGUCUUUUUAAUCUCACACCUGAACAAUGUGAGAUGAAAUGUUUGUAGAACACACUUUAUUCAAGGUAAACUUCCGUUAAUUUUUGUAGCAAAACUUUCAUUUUAACUAAUACCCGUUUAACAAUUAUUAGUUUUUUCAUCAACAUUGUUAUCUCUAUGUUAUGAGAAAUAAUGAUAAUUUUUGAACAUAGGUUUAGGUAUAGGUGAUGAAAGUAAUGCACUUGCUGGUAGACAUUGAGACAUUGAAGUCUGAUGUUUUACAAGAUUUUUUUGUUGUUUUGUUUUUUGCUCGAUAAAAGAGAGAAAUUGCAAGAGAAGGUGCAUUGUAUUUUGUUCUAAAAAGUCUGGCACUCGUCCGAAAAUGAGGUGUGAUCAUAAUUUACCUGAAUUUCAUUAAGUAAGAAGGUUUCCAAAGAAUGAUUGUUUGACUUUAGAGUAUUUCAUCCUUAAAAUUGUAUGCUUAAGUUUGAAUAUCCAAGUCCUUGCUGUGAGACACUGAGUCUUUGACCAAGUACAAUUAACUCUACAGGGAAGACAUUUUUUAUACACCAAUUUUCUCUGUAAUGCUUUUCCAUAAUAUCCCUCAUCAAAUCAAAAAUGAUUCUUAGUUUUUCUGCUCCUAUUGUUCUAUUUGUAUCGUUUUUCAAUAUUUUUUAAACUUGUCGGAACCAUGAGGGAAAAUCCCAAUGACUGGUAGUGGGCACCUUUAACAUAAAAUAAAAGAAGAAAGUAUUUUAAUCUUAUAAUCUUAAUCAUUGAUGUGUAUAUUUCCAUUUUUUUAAAGCUGGAACAAUCUCAAAUAAUAAUCAACUUUGAAAAGAAAACAAAAAACAGAACAAAAUGUUUUAUCAGAAGAGUUGUGGUAACGCAUAGAUACUCACACAAUUUGUUCAAUGAGAUUCUAGGUGCUGAGAGCUCAACUUUAUUAGCUAACUGUAGAAAUUCUUAUGUCUUUGAAGAGAACUGAAAAUAUCUUUUGAUGUUAUCCUUUUCAGAUGUUAUGUUUUUGCAGUUCGUUUCUUUUAUUCUUCUAUGAAUGUUUUGUCUUCCGAAGUUCCCUUUCAUGUCUUUUUCAGAGCUCAUCUGAACUAAUCCAUGACUUCCAAUUUUUCUAAUUAAGUUUUAUUACUAUAGUGAAAAGACUUCUAUCGAGUAGUGAAAAUUUGCUCCAUUGGUAUGCCUGUUCUUUUAGGUGCAAGCUUUCGAAUUUAUUCUCUUAACAAGAAUGAAUUAGAAUGGUUCAUUGUAGGAUGAUAAAAGGUGCAGUCUAAGUGAACGUAUCGUGAUAAUUUUCCAGGCUACCUUGUUUGUGAGCUUGUUAGUAAUUCUUAUCAUUAUGCUUUGGUCUUGUUCAUUCAUAAUUUUAUUUCAAAUAUUUUUUUUCCUUUUUGGUAACUAUUGUUGCCUGCGUUAGUUAAAAUCAAGAUAACUGACCGUUCUAUUUGUAAGCGGGUUCUAUUAAUACCGGUGAUAUUCAAAGAUCUAUCCAGGUAGUGCAAAUUUUUGUUUUAUUUUCUACUGGUCAAUAUAACUUUAAAAAAGGAAGCUUACUUCUGGUUUCUUAGAAUCAGUUACGAUUUGCAUUAGAAUUUUGAGUCACAAAAUUUUAUUUCUAUUUGUGACAUCAAGUCAUUUUUAUUAUUCAUUUAUAUUUUCUUUUUUUUUUUUUUUUGCGAAAGCUAUGAAUUUUUAAUUUCGUUUAAUUUUUCAAAUUUGACUUGUUCUGUCGGCUCAAAAGAAAUUUUUUUGUCUUAGUUUUAUUUUCACUAAAUAUUCUUUAAUCGUUAGUCCCACUGAAAUGUAGAAACCUUUUAUAUAACUCCUUAUAGUUUUGCAUAUUAUUUUAUGAAAUCAAAGUUAUUUUUGUGUCAUAUUCUUAUUUUAUGGGUUUAUCGAGUAUCUUGUUAGAAAAUGCAUUUUUAUUUCUUUUUUCCAUUUGUGUGUAUCUAUUAAUAGAUCAAAAGUGGUCAGUCUUAAGCAGAGGUGCAAGCUCUUAGCACGCCAUAUUUUGAAGAGAAUGACAAAAGUACAGGCUGUCUAUUGAAUGAAUCUAUAAUACCAAUGGCUAAAGUUGAAAACAGAGCACUCAGAUUGGAACUUUGUAAGUCUCCGCUCAUGUUGUAUUCUUUUAAUGGGAAACCAUUCAACAGUUCGCUUUAAAGUUUUUUGUGAAUUAUCCUCUUUUAUUAAAACAAAAAUUUACACAAAAUUGCAAGGAACAGUUCUGAUUCGUUUUCUUACAAAAAAAAAAAAAAAAAUAAAAAAAUAAAAAAAAAAAUAAAUAAAACAUAAUCGAAGAUUUUCAAAUGUUGCAAUUGGAAUGUGCUCUUUUCAUAUUUAGCCAUCUAUAUGCAUUUCCUUUCGUAUGAACUCGUGUGAUUAUUGAGGUCGUAAUUAUUUUUUAAUUCUAAAUCCUACUUAAAAUUGUAUCAUCAUUCUUUUUCUUCUUUUAAUCCAAUUUUUUAAUGUUAUUACUUUCACUGUCAUUAAAAUAAUAAUAAUUCAUGUAUAGAGUAGUUCCAGUGCGAUCAUGUCAAGACAUUGCAUUUCAUCGAUGAACUGGUCGGUUAGUUAAUUCAUAGGAAUCACACUUGAUCGCACCAGUAAAGCAGCUUGAUCAGCAGAUUCAAGCUGCUUUACUGAUUUUGUCUAUAUUUUGUUGGUUGCUUUAUCAUUACAUUUAUCAUACAUUUUCUUUUUCUAAAUAUCAGUAAUUAGACCUACUAGGGCUGGGAUUGAAGCAAUCUUUAACGUUUUAGUCAAAGUGUGUGUCUUUUUAUUCCACAGAGUUCAUAAUAUAUUAGCAUCUUUUUAUUUUUUCCUAUUUAAUAUUUUCAGUGUGAUCAUCAAUUUGCACGAUCACAAAUCUUCUCUUAAAGUCUUUACAUUCACUCUAUCAUUUUCAAUUUUCUUCUUGCACUGAAACUUAUAGUUCAUUCGUAUAUCUAGUCAUUUUAAGUUUUAUCAGUCGUCACAAGUGAGCGUUAGAUUCUGCCAUUAGAACAUUUAUCUAAUUCUAAAAGUGUUUACGUCUGGUCGACCAUCUAUAUCAUCCUCUAGGAACUUGAGUAUUGAUUUCAAAAAUGUGAAUUUCCACAGAAAUGUUGACCAUCUUUGACACCCUGUUUUUCUGUUCUGAUGCAUCAAUAGCAAUCUCUGUAGGACCCUUUCUCUGCCUGCGUUGCUGUUGCGUUUGUUGCAAUAACCCGUUACACAAAAUAAGAGUUGAGAUUUAGGGAACCGCUGAAAUAAAAAUACCAAGUUAAAGUUUUGGCAGAAACAGAAAGUGCAUGAACGCGAGAGACUGGGGUUGUGCACUGUUGUUGCUUUAACAAUGGCUCUUUUUUUCACACAGUAUUCGAAAGGUUUUAAUUGAAUAACUUGCGUAAAAUCCACAAGAAAACUUUCUGUAGUCAUUAACAUAGUUUCAUUUAUUUUAAGAGAUCUGAAACUACAUUCUUACAAUUGGUAUUAUCAUGCUGAAGUAGUAUUGCUUAAAAUUAUUCACGCGUUUGACUUCUUAAGCUUAGCUCAGUUUUAUCUACUUAUUAUCAUGAGGAUCAUUUUCCUGCAUUAUUACUGCCCCAUUUAUUUCGUAUCUAUCACAGUCAAUGCCUACACAGAGUGAUCCGAAAGUCCCAUGCUAUUAGCACCCCUGUCAUAACUUUUGAACUAAUCGAGAUAGGAAUUUGAAAUUUCAUGAGUGUUCUUAGGUCAAGAGAAACGACGUUUGGAAACCCCUAAACUUAAAGGACCACCCUGAAAAGGGGCAAGAACCAUAGGGGUUUUAGGGGUGAUGCAGGACUUUCGGCUCACCCUGUGAAUCUACACAUUAGUAGGUACUAUUUUUGGUGCAAUUCUUAGUUUUGUAUUAGAUUUUGCCACCCCUUAUUUUUGUCAAGCACAUGAAAUCCGAAACUGAAAAUGUUAUUAGGUAAACCUGUAAUUCUUCCAUUUAAACGUCUAGGUUUGUUUAGAAAAUUUGAUGUUCCGAUACUAUUAUUCUCAUUUUUAAUUUUUUAUUGUAUUCGUACCUAACAAUUCCAACUUGAUAAUGGUAUUUUGAUCCAUUGGGCUUUACUAAACGAAAGAGGAAAAGAUCCCUUCUUUUUUUCAGAAAGAGUUUUGAAGACAGCUCUCUAAUGGGCUGUAGGUUGUUUUUCAAGACACUUUGCGGACAGAUCCAUUUAGUCUAGUGAAGCCCAAUUCACUAUCGAAGCACCAGAAGAGUAGAGUAUUUUUUUCCCAUUUUAUUUUUUGUAGAAAUUUGUUCAUCAAUGUGAAGUAUUCAUUCAUUGUAUGUCAUUAUUUUGAAUUAUACUCAUUGUUUCAUGUAAUGA